UUCAUCAUCAUGGAAGCAUCAACCAAGGCGCUGUGCUUUCUAGCCCUCUUCCUUUCCGUUGCCAUCUCCACAAACGGCGCUGGCGAGUGCCCGAAAUCGACCCCGGACAACGAAGCCAUGAAGCUGGCCCCGUGCGCGUCAGCAGCGCAGGACGCCAACGCGGCCGUCCCGAGCAGCUGCUGCGCUCAAGUGAAGAAGCUGGGAAGGAACCCCAAGUGCCUCUGCGCUGUGAUGCUCUCGAAUAUGGCCAAAAUGGCCGGGAUUAAUCCUCAAAUCGCCAUCGGCAUUCCCAAACGUUGUAACCUUGCCGAUAGGCCAGUUGGUUACAAGUGUGGAGCUUAUACGUUGCCGUGAAACGUGGAUUGGAUAUGAUGUUUAAUGGCGGAGACUGUUGUUGAUUUUACUGUGUAAUUGUUUUAACAUCAUCGCUGCGUGUGAUCUCUGCUCUACUUCAACUUAAAUAAAAUAAAUAAAUUGCUGA